AUGUCGAGCAAAUCCGCGUAUGUGAAUCAUGUUUCGUUCGAUGAUCUUUCCGCUGGACUUUGCGAGGAACAGUUGGAACAGCGAAUGCAAAAAGCACGUUUACUGAGCGCAUUUUCGUCGCAAUCCCCGCGGCUGCUCAGCCCCACAGUGUCGAACUCCGACGGUAUGAUGGGGUCUCCGAGGGACUCGUAUUUUGCACCGUCUCGCCGCAGCUUGUCGCCCUUUGAAACUUCAGGUUCGUCGUCGGCGUCUUACCUGAACAACGCCAGCCGUGUGACCCGCGCGAGAUCCGAGCUGGGGGUCCAAGGACCGGAACUUGGUCGAAGUCUGACAGAAGCCAACAGCGGUAGUAACUCUUCGAGUAACGCGUCUAUCACGCGACUGAAAUCUGCACCUGGGGGCCCCGUUGACGGUUGGACUUCCAGCCGACCCCGCAGAUCUUCGCUCAAGACCGGAAGCGGUCUUUCUGCAUUAAGGGACGAAAUUGAUAGCAUCGACUUGAGCGACAGUGAUCCAGAGAUGGAGCGCGUCCUGGACUUGCGAACUGCGAAGAACACGCAGGAAAAUUCGGGGUCUUCCAAGGGCUAUACCACAUCUGCGUUUUCGAACCUAAAUGAACCGGAAGAUAAAGUCAUGCGGGGUGAGUAUCCAGUAAGCAAACAACCCGAAACUCAAAGGCGAAAAACUUUGGCUGGCAUGAGCGAUGCUGAAGUUUUGGCAUUAGAGCAAAAAUAUGAGUCUCAAUCCCGAACCAAUUACAAUAUGGAACAAUUCGAUUUCGGUAAACAAGCAGACGUACUAAUUGAUUCUCAAAACUCUAAAAACCUUACUAGUCCUGCAAAUUGGAGUCUAACAAUGUAUCCAUCUCGUCCCUGUGUUCGCCAUCAAGCGCUUGCCCUCACCAAAGUCAACCGUAACUUCGAAAAGUGCCUACACGAACGCUACGGUGAUGAUAUUCCGGAAGCCGUGCGUACCGUGAUGUGCUAUAUUUCUGGAAGAGAGCACACCUGGUCUUCGGUGGAUUGGUUUGUCGAAAACAUGGCCAAAGAUGGAGAUCAUUUAGUGAUUGUGAGCUGCGUGUGUCCGUACGAGGAAUUGCUCAAGGUACCAAUACGACCCUCGGGUACCUCGUUAGAUGAGUUCGAUUUUGGAAAGCAAGCCUCAAAUGCAUAUAACCGAUACUCAAACCGAGAUGCCGAGUUGACUACUCUGAGGCAAGACCUGGACCGCGUUGCACGACAUCAUUGCACCGACUUACUGAACUACUAUGCCACUCGAUGCGUCAAAAAAUGCAUUAAAAUAUCUGUGGAAUUGAUUAAAGACAAGUCAACCACAAGUGCUUGGACGUCAGCAUUGGCGCUGUACAAACCAGAUCUUCAAAUCGUGAGCACUGUAAGCACAAAUUUGCAAAUCAAAUUUAAAAAUUCGAAUGUUAAACUACCCUUUUUUGUUAUGAGACAUUAUUGGACUCCAACUUUAGUGGUACCUUAUGAAUUCAUAGAGCCAAAGAAAUUGAAAGAGGGUCCAGAUCAAACUGUUAGCGACGAGGCCAAAAAACUUACGACGCUACCUUACGAGGAACUGCUAGCCGGUGUCGAUCGAAUAAUCAAGAGAACUUUGAAGAACCCGUUCGAAAAGAACGCAAAUAAUGAUAGCAAGAAUGCAAACGAUGCAGAUGCUUCAAGUAUUAAUGCCUAUUUCCCCGCAAGCUUCGAUACCGACCACCAAUUCGAUGAAUUUGAGCGUCUUGGUUACUUAAGACCUGUUCCAACACACAUGACAGCGCUUUCCUCUAAGGCGAGCUCGCGUGGUUCUGGAAAGUCAAGCAGGAGAUGCUCUCGAAUUCAAUUUAUGGACGAUCGUGGUGGAAUUUACAAAGUCAAGUCCUUAAUAGAUCCAGAGAAUUCUAUUACUGAAGAUAAGUCAAUGGUGCGAAAGACUAAGUCAGCUACCACUCCUACCCCGCACACAAAUCUUUCGCGCAGAAGUUCCGCCUACAGUCGUGAAACGAGAAAGAGCACAUCUUCUCAACCUGAGACCGUGAAAAACAAGAAGUCGGGUAAACUCUCAGGGUUUUUCAAAAAGCUCGGAUUUAACAAAUAG